AUGCAUUUCAAAACCGUAGUGAUAAUUGGAGUUGGUCUACUACCCAUAGUAACCGGUUUUAAGAAAUCACCUCCCAAGUACACACUCAAGUUCCAUGAUACAAAUAUCAGUCCUCAAGUGGCAGAGGAAUACAUUCAAUCUCAAAGUCAAGUUGGAGGUGGUAGUUUCCAAAUGAUGAAAGCUGGUCUUGCAAAUGAUAGAGAUUACUUGUGUUAUGUCCCAGAAACCGUUCAAGUCAAUUCCAGUAUACAAGAAGAUAUAGAUCUGGAAGGCACCAAGAAAACCCCUGACGGUGUACUUCUUGAUGUAGCAUUGGAUCUUAUCAGUAAAUCACUCUCGACUUCCCAAUGUGUGUUCAAUUUCGGGUCAAACGGUGAUUAUUGGACGUAUGCAUAUUGCUUUGGUGAUAAAGUGAUUCAAUUCCAUGAAAAUAUGGAAUAUUUCAUUAAGCAUAAAGUUCAUAAACCGGAAUUCCCAAACUUUGUAUAUGUCUUGGGACAAUUCCCAUCGAAGAAGAAACUCACUCAAGUGAAAAUUGAAAACCAAUCAACGUGGUCAAAUAACACCCUUGAUCGUCUGGAAUUUACUAUUGGUGAAGAUGUGGUUAACCCGCUUUCCGGAGGGAUGUAUAACAUUCGGAACAGUCCUCAGAAAUACGUGAAACACACGCUCAAGGACGGAGAAUUGUGUGACUAUACAAGGAAGCCUAGAACAGUAGACGUGAUAUAUCGGUGUGACUUACGAAAUAAUGGACAUGUUAAAGUGUAUGAUGUAACUGAAAUCACCACUUGUGAAUACCAAUUGGUGGUCAAUAUCCCACGGUUAUGUCAACUUGAAGAAUUCAAACCCAAAAAUGUACAAGAUGAAAUUUUGGAGAUUGGAUGUAAAGAAAUUGUAAAGGAAAGGAGACACAAUACUUAUAUCCCUGAUAAAUAUUCAGUUGAUGAUUUUUUAACGUCAAGGGAUGUCGUUUCCUUACCUCCUAAUCAGUUCUUCCCGAUUAGUAAAUCAAGCAAGAUAUCUCUUGCAGAACAUUCAAUGAUCUCGAUGGGUAAUGGGUUCUAUUUUGCCAUCUAUGAAGGUAGUGAAAGAGUAACGGAGAGUUUCUACUACAAUGGUAGACACCCUAUAAUAUACAAUGGUUUCCAUGGAUUGGAUAAAGAAUUGAUCUUUCAAAUUGGACAGACGAUUAGCAAUGGAAUUGGUAGAACUCUUAUUUCUCCCAAGGUUGAUGAACAGGGAAGGAAUUUGCUACUUUGGUGGUCAGAUACUUUUAUUUUUUGGUUUGAAUUAUACGAUUACAAUGGGAAUUUUCUUACAAUGGUUAAGAUACAUCGUGAUGGUACCGAUGAAAACGAAAAGUUGUACAUUCAAUUGGUUGAUCCCGAAACCAUGUUAGAUACUGAUGGGGAUUUGGUAACCAUUGAUGAAGAAAGUUAUAAACGUGGUGGAACAAUCAACUUUGAAAUGUUUGUUAGUGGGUCGACAAAGAUAUUGACUGAUGAUAGUGUAGAGGAAAAGACUGAAGUAAAGAAUGACAUUAAGGAUGAUGAGGAUGAAACCGAGGUUGAAAAGGAGGUUGAAUUGAAGACACACACUGUUACUGAGACAGAAACUAUUCAUGGUGAGCAAAUUACUGAGACAAGAACUGUACAAGGUGAUCCGGUGGUUGAAACAAUAAUUGUUGAACGGGAACCAGUUGAGACAGAUGUACAAUUUGUAGAUCCUGUUACGGAUGGAAACAACAUAGAAAUAGACUUUACACCAGUGUCAUUGGAAGCUUCCACUGAAACAAAGAUUAUUGAAAGAGAUCCAGUUACUGAGACGAAGAUUGUUGAAAGGGAGGCUAUUACAGAAACUGUAUUUGUUGAGAAGGUGGCUACAGAGACAAAGAUUAUCGAAAGAGAUACUGUUACUGAGACAAAAAUAAUUGAAAGGGAUCCUGUGAUUGAAACAAAAAUCAUUGAAAAAGAUCCUAUCACACAAACUGUGAUCAUUGAGCAAGUUCCUGUUACGGAGAUAAAAACUCUAGAUGCGAUCACGGAGACAGUCACCAUAAAAGAAGUCACGCAUGACGAAUUAUAG